ACAUCGCAGAACCGCCGCCUCCCCAGGGCUAUGGCCAGUAUCCCCCUCCUCAACAGGGCCAAUAUCCUCCUCCUCAGCAGGGCCAGUACCCUCCUCCUCAUGGGCAAUAUCCUCCAGCCCAGCAAGGCCAAUACGGCCAGCAUCCUCCCCCUCAGCAGGGAGGAUAUUACCAGUCUCCCCCGCCCCCUCCCGGCCAAUAUCCCCCACCACAAGCGCCCUACGGACAGCCGCCGCCUCAGCAAUACGGGGCUCCUCCUCCUCAACACCAGCAACCCUACGGAGCGCCUCCUCCAGGCCAAUAUGGAGCGCCUCCUCCGCAGCAUGGAGGGCAUUACGGUGCCCCUUCCCCGGCGCCUUACGGAGCUCCCCCAGUGCAGCCUACGCCGCCGUCUAUUGGCUAUGGCGCACCCCAGAUCAUUCAAUGGGACGGCACCCCCGAUGCCCAGGCUUUGCGCGGGGCCAUGAAAGGCUUUGGAACGGACGAGAAGACACUGAUUAACGUGCUCUCGCGAAAAGACCCGCUACAGAUUGAGGUGAUUCGAUCCACUUACGAGCGCACCUUCAAGCGCAGGCUGGUAGAGGAUAUAAAGAGCGAGACAAGGAGUUGGUUCGAAUUUGGUCUGGUGCAGCUUGCCCGUGGUCCACUGUUGGCUGACAUUCAUAACCUGUUCGAUGCCAUGGCGGGCCCGGGAACUAAGGAGAUUGUCAUGAAUGAUAUUCUACUGUCAAGAUCCAACGCCGACCUGAGAGCUAUCAAGAGCGCCUAUCAGCAAACAUUCCGACGAAGCUUGGAGAACGAUGUCAAGGGUGAACUAAGCCUCAAGACGGAGAGGCAUUUUUUGAUAGUGCUGGCUGCUAAUCGAGCCGAGGACUCAGCGCCAGUAAACCCACAGCAAGUGGAAGAGGACGUCAUGAACAUCUACAGGGCGACCGAGGGCAAGGUUGGCACCGACGAGAUUCUGGUUUGCAGCAUUCUAAGCAACAGAAACGACAACCAGAUCCGAGCCGUCGCCCAUACCUACAAGCAAAAGUUCAACCGCGACUUGGAUACCGUAAUUCAGAGCGAAUUCUCUGGCCACAUGAGAGAUGCUCUACUGUUUCAGCUCCGUCAUGCCGUUGAUAAAUAUAUGCACGCUGCGCAGCUUUUGGAGGAUUCUAUGGCCGGCUUGGGCACCAAAGACCAUCUCCUCAUUUCUCGAACCAUCCGAUUCCACUGGGAUCGAAACGAGCUUGCAAACGUCAAGGGGGCCUAUCAGCAUCGGUACAAGAAGCCAUUGGCCACUCGUAUCAGGGGAGAGACAUCUGGUGAUUACCAGAAGCUGAUGGUUGCCUGUGUUGGAGAGUAAAGCAUAUAAAUUCUUGGGCCGGCAGCUGCAUUGGUGGAAUCCCAACACGAUUACACCCUAAUGGAAACUUACACCUAGAUUCUUUAAUGAUGGCUGGAGAUCAUGAGGCGUUUGGAAACCCUUUUUUACAUUGUAUUAACAAAAUUUUGGCGAGGUACUACCAGGACAUCAAGUUGGAGAGGAGGGGUAAGGUAAUCAAUUCUUCAAUAAGAAAUUUGAAUCUGACUUUGAUGCCUCUUGAUAGCUCCCAAGUGAAUGACGUAUGAGGCCAGAGAAUAGCCUCAGAUGAAUGUGACCACUCAUUCGUAAAUGUAUUCCGCCGUGGUCACACGAUAGGUAUCAUUAAAUAUACCCCAAUGCUAGGGGGGAUUGCAUUUGAUCUGUUCAUUUCCCCGGCUGUGAAUCAGAGCUCGCC